AUUGUGAUGACAACAACAGGAAUCGUAAAUAAAACUGGAAACAUAUUCUCAAAUGAUUUUUAAGUUCCAUUUAGAGCAAUAAACUUGUGAUUUAAAUAAUAAUAUGGAUGAUCCUGAAGCCGCAUUACAAAGCAUUUGUUGUACUUGUUUAAGUGUUAAUAGAAAAUUAACACAACUUUGCAGGGUUGAAAAUGGUGUCAACAGUUUGUUUUUUCUACUUUCUCACGACUCAGAGGCUUAUAAGGCAAUGUUCCAAAAGGCAGCUAUUCAUCUGUAUAUCUGUUGGGAGUGCAGCGCCUUGAUGCGUAGGUUCUGCAAGUUCAGGGAUCAAGCCUGCAUCGCACAGAAACAGCUAUCCAACAUCACCGAUGGGAGACUUGAUGUAAAAAUGCACGAUACACUAUCAAAACUAUCUCAUUAUCACCAAAAUUCAUAUAACGAUACAAUUGUAUCGAAUGAUGAUAUUCCAUACAAUUUCAUUGACUGCGGACCAGAUAUCGAUUACAUAAAGACUGAAUUAGAUAACGAUAUUCCUCUUCUAGAAAUACCUAUUUUAGAAACUAACAUUAUAGAAAGAACAGUCAAUAAUAUAACCGAAGAUAAGCAAAAUGAAACAAGAGUUGAAGAUGAUCAGCAGUUAAAGAUUGAAAUAAAACCUCUUAUGAAGAACAUGAAAUCGAAUUUAAAAAAAGAAAAUACAGAUAAGAAAGAUAGGCUGAUGAGAAAAAGAAAAAAAAUGUUAUCGAAAGAGGUUGUUAGUUCGGAUGAAGAAGUUAAUUAUUCUGCCAUCGAAAUGUCUGAGAAGGAAAUGUUGGAAUGUCGAGAUGCUAAGAAGUUUCUGGGGAGUUAUGUGAAUGCGACAAACAAGUGUGAAUCUUGUGUUGAAGGUUUUAAAGACUAUAAUGAAUUGGAGAAGCAUAAUUUGGAGUUACAUGUGCAGAAACCGAGGUAUAUACAAUGUGAUAUAUGCCUCGUUUAUAUAAAGUACUGGUGGCUCGCUGAACAUAGGAAGGAACACUACACGAUAUACAAAUGUAACUUCUGCGACCACACGACGGCGAGUACGUUGGAUGUGCUGAAACACCUGAAGACUGUCCACGGUACCGGCAACGUUGUCUCAAGGAUAUGGCAGAGGGUGAAACGGAGAGCCGUCCAAACCAAUCCGGCUCUGAAAACACGAAGGACCGAAAAGCCGGAAGUUAAGACGCCUUUCGGAUAUUUGUGUUACGAGUGCAAUAAAUAUUUCGAGAACAAGUACUUAAGAUACAAACACAUCUUGAAAUUCCAUAGAGAAGGGUUUAAGUGCAAAACGUGCGGCAAGACAUUCGCGUUCAAGAACACACUGAACAAACACGAACAAGUUCACGCCCCCCCACUCCCGAGGGAGAAAUGUUCGAUAUGCGACAAAAUGGUGCGAAUAGAUCGAGUAAAGACCCACGCUAGAAUACACAGCGAAAGGAAGCCGUUCGACUGCGUUGCGUGCGAUAAACGCUUCGUAUCGCUCGACUCGUAUGAAAAGCAUUUGAAGAAUUCGAGCGUUCACGCAGUUCAUGACGUUCACAAAUACAAAUGCACGAUGUGCGAAAAGGGCUUUAGAACGAUAACGGAAUUGAACGAUCAUACGAAUUACAUACACAUGAAGAGAACGCACCACAAAUGUCCAAUUUGCAAUAAGGCGUUAGCGACGCGUCGCGGCGUCACCAGACACGUGAGACGAGCUCACCAGGGGCUCAAGGAGAAGAUAGGAGAUAAGAUACUUUGUCAGACGUGUGGCAAAGCGUUCCGGGAUAAAAAGUGCCUCCAAGAACACGAGUUAAUACAUACCGGCGAGAAACCUCUGUCUUGUGAUAUCUGUGGCCGCACAUUCAGACAGAGCGCUUGUUUGUACACACACAAGCGCAGAGUGCACAAGAUAGCACCGAAACGACAGAUUAUACACACUGAAGAAGCGAAUGUUUUGAAUAUUAAAGUUUUAUAAAUUUAUGAAAUGA